GUGAUCUAUUUAGCGACUGAGGGUCCUACUGGGCCUUUUGCUUAGACAGAGCCAGUUCCUAUAAGUGAUGGAGGGGAAGCGGGCUUCGAGAGGGGUCCCCCUUUUCCGAUUCAUCUUCCUCAUCUCUAGAACAGUGAAUCAGAAUGGGCAUCAUUUCCAGCGAUAAAGCCGCCUUGGUUUUCGGAGCUAGUGGGAUCUCCGGCUGGGCGGUGACAAAGAGCCUGUUGGAGUAUCCAACUCCCAGUACCUUUUCUCGGGUGAUCGGCCUGACACAUCGUCCUCAGAUGAGAGAGGAUUUGGGUCUCCCCGAAGAUCCGAGGCUGGAGGUGUACUCCGGGAUCAACUUACGGGCAGACCUGGAUGAGGUAAUGAACCAGAUGCACGAGACCAUUCCGCAUCUGGACCAGGUCACACAUGUAUACUAUCUUGCGUACUCCAAUGCCACCGCAUACACGGAAAAUGUGAUGGAGAUCAAGCGCAUCAAUGUCGCCAUGACUUAUAACGCCGUCCAUGCCAGCGAUAGGCUGUGCAAAAACAUGUCCUUCUUCGUGCUGCAAACAGGAACAAACAACUACGGUGUCGCCGUCUUCCAACAUAUCGACAAGCUCACCUUUCCCACGCCUCUCAAGGAAGACGCUCCUCGCGUUCCGUCUCCGUACGGCGACGAGAUUUUCUACUACGGCCAGGUUGAUUUGAUCCGGGAGGCAGUUCAAGGGAAGAGCUGGGGUUGGUGUGAGGUCCGUCCGGACGCCAUUAUCGGCCACGUCCCCAGCACCACGAGCAUGACCACCGUUGAACCAAUCGCUCUCUAUCUCUCCCUAUACCGAUACGUUAAUGGUCCCGGAGCCACCGUCCCAUUCCCAGGCACGCCAACCAACUACGUCUACACCUACACGGACUCGUCCCAAGACAUAAUAUCGCGAGCUGAAAUCUACCUCUCGGUAGUGAAGCCAACCGAAGCGAACGGGGAAGCAUUCAACAUCGCGGACACUGCCACCUUAGGUCCCUGGUCCAUCAAGUGGCCAAUCCUGACCGAGUACUUCGGUCUAAAGGCCACCGGCCCCACGCAAAAGGACUACGCGCCCUUCGAACAGUGGUGGAACGAUCACCAGGACGACUACGACCGCAUGUGCAAGGAAUACGGACUCAAGAAGCGAGUCAUCGGGCCGGAAACCUGGAUCUUCGUCUACGCCGGGUUCAAGCUGCUAGACCGAAACCGGGAGUUCAGUCUAGACAAAAUCCGUAGCAUCGGGUUCACGGAGGAACGACCAGUGGGUCAAGGCCAUAUUGCAGCCUUUGAUCGCAUGGCUGCGGCGCAUAUCAUCCCGUCACCGGCCCAGCUUCGCUUAUCUGAGCCGGGUGCUGAGAGAAAAGAGGAGUUUAGUACCCAUGUCCCAUCUGCUGCUGCUAAAGUGUCAAGCGUUCUAUAAUGAGACCCCAAAAUUGCUCAGAUAACCUUAUUUUCCAUAUCUCCUCGACACUUCUAUAUUAAACUGCUGGCCUUUCAGUGCUGCAUGGAAAUAUCCAAUGAAGUAUCUCUUCUGAGUGCCUAUUUCCUUCAACAUAUUCUCCCCUUUGAACUAAGCUGAAUCACUGACUAGAAACGGACCAUUUA